AUGAUAAUUAUUUUGCUUUUUGCUAUUUUUUCUCUAUCAAACAUCAGGUAACAACUGAUUGGGGAUAUUGGAUUUUGUAGUAGACCAGAAUGUGUGAACAAAAUGUUGUCAUUUUUACAUUUUAUGAACAACUAAAUACAGAGCGUAAAGUAAUGAGUUGGCAGAAUUAGAUAUUUUAUUUCUUCGAGAUUCCCAUUACACUUGAUCAAAUUUUACCCUCAACAAUUUAGGCAAACAUGGUCUUAUGAUUACCAUGAUCGACGAGUUCGUCGUCUUGUCGAUAUUUUUGAAGACGAAGCAAAGUUAUAUUUAGCCAACAAAGAUUGGAAUUCACUUGAAGAAAUGAUUCGCGAAAAUCUAAAGUUCAAAAUGUUUGGCAAACACGGAUUCGGCCGCGAUAAAUUUCUGGAUAUUUUGAAAUCUGGCAGAUAUGAACUUUUUAAUAAUUAUUCGAUUGCUCAAGUACCGGAAUUGCGUUUUGAUGCUAUUGAUCGUUUGAUUGAUGUUCGUCAUCUUUCAAUGCAAUAUUUGUUGGAAAGUAAACCGAGAAGAGGAAUCUAUAAAUUAGCAGUUUUCAUUCAGCAUAUAUAA